AUGAGGCUUCAAGCUCUAGCUCUUCUCGUUUCCCUUCUACUCAUUGUUCACUCCGUGCCUACUCACAUCAACCGCAACUCAGCCUUUAUCCGUGGAAAACGUGACUGGAUCAACAACUGCGGCAAUUCCAGCUUUCACAAUCAAUCUUCCGAGGGCUCACCAGCAGUUUCUGAUUGUCAGCAAAUCACAACUAAUAUCGCCGGUGGCAGAACUUGGACAGUCUGGGCUCUGAACAGAACAUCAGUGCAUAGCACCAAUACCACUACUGUCAAAUUCCCAUCUAUCUAUUACCGAAAACUCGCAUCCUAUGGCACAUGUGCCUUCGGUGCAUACAGCCAAGACGGUGGAGCUAGAGUUGGGACCUCGGACAUCAUCGAUCUAAUCAAUGAUUCCAUCAACCGGUUCCAGUGGUCGGGGAUGGUGGGAGCCAAGGGGUCCAUGAAAUGUCAGAGUCUGAAUUAUUCAGAUGUUGGCGUUUACUGGGCCAUCUACCAUACGUGA